GUGUACAGCAAUCCAUCGUCCCCGAUCUAGCGUGCCGGCCGGCGAGCGAUCAAGAAGCUGCUUUGCGAUGGCCGGCGGGAUGUGCAGCCGCGCCGGCGAGCCGGCGGUGCGCAAGGGCCCGUGGACGCUGGAGGAGGACCUCAUCCUCGUCAGCUACAUCUCCCAGAACGGCGAAGGCUCCUGGGACAACCUCGCGCGCUCCGCCGGGCUGAACCGGAACGGGAAGAGCUGCAGGCUGCGGUGGCUCAACUACCUGAGGCCAGGGGUGCGGCGGGGCAGCAUCACGCCGGAGGAGGACAUCGUGAUCCGGGAGCUCCACUCCCGGUGGGGGAACAGGUGGUCCAAGAUCGCCAAGCACCUCCCCGGCAGGACGGACAACGAGAUCAAGAACUACUGGAGGACCAAGAUACACAGGAAGCCACGCAGGAGCCAGCUGCAGGAGCCGGAGCCGGAGCCCUGCGAGGACGCCAUGGCCACCAGCGAGUCGGCCUCGGCGUCGAGCAGCCAGAGCCUCAGCCAGGCCAGCUCCACCGUCUGGGACGAGCACAUGCAGACCAGCAGCAGCUUCCCUCACCCCGAGCUCCUGGGCUCCGUCGCCGCCGCCGACCACCACCUCGGAAUGGCCGUCCUGGACGAGGUCGCCGCCGAGCACUUCAUCCCGCCGGAGUUCACCUUCAGUGAGGGCUUGAUCGACUUCGUGGACAACUUCUGGGAGACGAUGCCUGUUUCAGACAUGGUGUGACGGCGCCACACAAACGAAAAAAAAACGCGCGCGCACUGCAGCAACCAGCUAGUACUAUAGCAGUACAGCAUUAUAGGCGCCUAUAGAGAGAGUAUGUUCGAUACAGGAAUCGAUCGAUCAACGACGUUCCUAUGCUUGUAGUUGUAGACGGUUGUUUCGGAAACUUGAUCUCGUUUUCCUUUUAUUUUUUUUCUGUUGUCCCCGGGUGAACUGAAUUUUUUGGCGAGGUUAAAAGCUCUGUACUGAUCUGAGGUUCUUGAACUUCAGACGUUGCAACUACAAGCUAAUUAAUUGAGAGAAGUAGUAGA